AUGAUGGCUAAAGCUUCUUCCAUAGAACUUAGCUGUUCUGUAUGCUUUGGAAUAUUCACAGACCCUGUCUUGAUGCCAUGCAGCCACAGCUUCUGCACAGUCUGUCUCCAGCAGGGCUGUGGAGAGAAGAGCCCCUGGGAGUGUCCAGUAUGCAAGAGAGUGACUUCUGUGGGCAAACAACCUCGGAACCUGGAUUUAAAGAACAUUGUGGAGUCCUACAUUAAGCAGAAGCCGGAGAGUGAAAGUGAAGAGAAGAAUGAAGCUUGCUGCAGCCUUCAUGGACAGAAACUCCUGUUUUUCUGUAUGGAGGACCAGGAGCCUAUCUGUGUCAUGUGCCAGACUUCAAACAACCAUAUCAAGCACCAGCUCUUUCCAGUAGAAGAGGCUACGUUAGAUCUUAAGGAGAAACUCAAGGCUGCACUGUAUCCUAUGAAAGAAAAGAUUGAGAGGUUCAUUGAUGCUAAACAAGAGUGUGAGAAAACAGCAGAACACAUAAGGAGUCAGGCCCAGUACACCGAGAAGCAGGUAAAGACACAGUUUGAGAAGCUCCAUCAGUUCCUGCAAGAUGAAGAGCAGGCCAGAAUAGCUGCACUAAGAGAGGAAGAGGAGCAGAAGAGUCAAAUGAUGAAAGCGCAGAUUGAAAAUAUUGCAAGACAGAUCUCCACCCUUAAAGACAAUAUCACAACCAUAGAGAAUACCAUGGACGGAAAAGACAUCAAUUUCUUGAAGACAUACAAGGACACCAAGCAAAGAACCCAAUGCACACUGCAGGAUCCAGAGCUGCCUUUAGGGUCACUGAUAGAUGUGGCCAAACACCUGGGCAACCUGAAGUUCAGAGUCUGGGAGAAGAUGCUGGAGAUGGUGCAGUACACUCCAGUGAUUUUGGACCCCAACACUGCAGCCCUAUGGCUCUUUCUUUCCAAUGGUUUAACCAGAGUGAGAGACACAGAGAGAAACCCGCAGAUUCCUGACAACCCAGAAAGAUUUUAUCCAUGUGUUGGAGUGCUGGGAUCUGAAGGCUUUACCUCAGGAAAACACAGUUGGGAAGUGGAUGUGGGGAACAAACCUUCCUGGGAUGUUGGAGUAGUGAAAGAGUCCAUCAGCAGGAAGGGGGCCAUUAAAUGCAGCCCAGCAGAAGGAUUUUGGGUUGUAGCCCUCAGAAAAGGUGAGGGCUACAAAGCAGCCGGAGUUUCCCACCUUAAUCUGGAGAGGAAACUCCAGAGGAUCAGAGUUCAGCUGGACGUUGACAGGGGAGAGGUUUCCUUCAUUGACCCCAGUGACAUGUCACUCAUCUACACUUUUAAAGACUUGUUUACUGAUAAACUGUUCCCUUAUUUCAAUCCUGAUUUAUACACUGAUGGCAAUAAUCCUGGAGCCUUGCAGAUCUGCCCAGAGAGGGUAUCCAUUACAGUGAUGUCAUCCCAGUGA